AUGCCUGUCGUCCCAAGUGUCAACGAUGUCUGGGAGGUCCUGGAAUUUCUAGGUGAAGAAUAUGAACGCAGUGUGCUGUCCAUAUCUCCUUUAGCAUUUCGAAAUGCGCGGUGUUCUUCGACAGCUCUGUCUUGGCAAACCCGAACGCCGGCUUCGGAAGAUCUAUCAGGAAUACCAGCGUGUGAAAGGAUCGCUAACGGCGAACCGGAGCAGCGCGGGAAGGCUGCUGGAGGCGACAAAGAGCUUGACCCAGGACAUCACGAUAACGCCAGAGCUUUUGACGCAUUACUGGUUGAAAGGGAGGAGAUCGAUGCUAAAGUCCGGCGCAUCGAAGUGAAUCGUCCCGCCUGCAAACGGCGCAGAGCCGAGAGUGAGGAAGAGAAGGUUAAACGACUUGGUCGCGCAUCGGAACGAUGGGCUGAAGAAACCCCGGAGGAGCGAGCUGCACGUUUAGUGAGGAGGAAGGCUGCGAGGCAGAACAGGUUGGCUAAACAGACACCGGAGCAGAAGUAUGCUGGGUUUGGACACGACCAACGCAACGCGCAAGAAACUUCGUGACGCGAAGAAAGCUCGGGGCGGAUUGAAGAGCUUGAGUUGGUUAAGUGGCCGCUGCUUUGGAUGUUGUGUGCUUUACCUGAUCAAGUAACGGAUUUUCCCGAAUAGAAGCCGGUCUUGUAAUCCCCA